AUGCCGCCCGACGAGGUCAAGGUCCUCCGCAUCUGGUUGCCGCAGGUCUGCGUAAGCGUCUGUGGCGCGCUGCUCGUGCACCCCGGCUACAGCGUCGCCUUUGCGCUUACGCUUGUGAUCAACUGCAUGGCUCUGCCGCUCUGGAUGCGGCUCGGGCACUGGCAACGCAGCCGGCGCUGGGGCGCCAUUGUCAUCGACGUCAUCGCGAGCUUUCUCCUCGGGGCUCGCUCGCCACGUGUAUCUGGCCGGUACAUGGCCAUCACCUCAGGCGCCGACUUCGUCGUACACACGAUAUUGAACGCUGCCUUUUGGGCGGCGCUCCAGACGCUGGCAAUCGCAGGAUCAAGUUGA